GAGGGAUGGAGGACCAGCCGAAGGACCGUGAGGCCGAGGUCGCCGGGCCCUGGUUUUCUAAGUGGGAGCGCCAGUGCCUCGCUGAGGCGGAGCAGCUGUCCCCGGAGCUGCAGGAGGAGGCGGCUGCCGAUGCGGCGGGGCUCAAGCUCGAGCGCCAGAGGCUCUGGCACCUCUUCCAGAUCUCAGCCACGGCCGUGGCCCAGCUCUAUAAAGAUUCCGGGUGCCAGCAGCCAGGACUUUCUAUGUGGGACCCCUUCCAGAACGCGGCCAUGGCCGUGACCAGCCUCUACAAAGAGAGCGGGGAUGCCUACCAGAGAAGUUUUGAACUGGGCGUCCAGGUUGGCUACCAGCGUCGUGUGAGAGACGUGCUGGAGUGGGUGAAGAAGGGUAGGAGCAUCAUUCGCCGGGAAGACCUCAUAAGCUUCCUCUGUGGCAAAGUUCCCCCCACGCCCCCGCAGCCACGCACCUCCUGGACGUCCCCCAGGCCACCCGCAGCUGCCUCCACUCAAGCUGCUGCCACUGAGUCUGGCGCACCUGUGGACGUCGACCUGCAGCCCUUCCACGAGGCCAUUGCUCUCCAUGGCCUCAGUGGCGCCAUGGCAAGCAUCAGCAUGCGAUCAGGCGCUCCGGGUUCCUCAGCUCAAGAUGGAGGUGUUGCCAGCAGUGGGCGUUGGAAAAGUAGCUUCCUCGAAGAUGAUCCGAACCCCUUGAGCUCAGAAGAACUGGCUCUCCGCCUAGACAGUGGGGGAGUCCGCAAGCGCACCUCGGCCCAGUUUGGUGAUGGCGCCACAGACUCUCCAUUGCUCAAGCGCAACCGAAUGGUCUAAACUGCCUUCUUGGUUGCCCACUAGCCACCAACUUACUGCUUGACAGUCAACUUGAACAUCAACUUGCUUGUUGAAACCAUACCAGAGAUUGCUGAUCUUCCUUCUCUAAGUUAAAGAUUUCUAUCAAAUUUACCUUAAAGAAAAUUUCAAACUAUUCCAGAAGAGGCUUCCUAUGACUCUGACUUUCCAAAAAUAUAACUCUAUUACAGAACAUGAAAUAUCACAUAGUUAGCAAGAUCAUUUAAACUUGAAAGCAAAACAUAUCCAGUGAGGGUGGGAGCCUGGUUUAUCUUGUUCAAGUUGUUAUUUCUUAGCACCUAUUACAGUUGUUGGUGCUCAAUAAAUGUUUGUUGAAUGAAUAAA